CAUGCUGCCCCCGCAGCUGUGCUGGCUGCUGCUCGCGGGGCUGCUCCCGCGCGCGCCCGCGCAGAGGUUCUCGGCGCUCACGUUCCUGCGUGUAGACCAGGACAGGGACAAGGACUGCAGCCUGGAGUGUGGAGGCUCCCCGCAGAAGCCGCUGUGCGCCUCAGAUGGGAGGACCUUUCUGUCCCGCUGCGAAUUCCAGAGGGCCAAGUGCAAGGACCCGCAGCUGGAGGUGGCACACCGAGGCAGCUGCAGAGAUGUGUCCCGCUGUGUGGCCGAGAGGAAGUACACGCAGGAGCAGGCACGGAAGGAGCUACAGCAUGUUUUUAUUCCGGAGUGCAGUGAGGAUGGUUCCUACAGCCAGGUGCAGUGCCACAGUUACACCGGCUACUGCUGGUGCGUCACCGCCAACGGCCGGCCCAUCAGUGGCACCGCAGUGGCGCAUAAGAUGCCACGAUGCCCAGGCUCUGGCGGUGAGAGGCUGCCCCAGCGGGAAGGCGUGGGGAGAGCAGAUGAUGCCUCAGUGCCCACAUUGGAGAUGCAGCCUCAAGGAGAUGAAGAAGAUAUAGCAUCCCGUUACCCCACACUUUGGACUGAACAAGUAAAAAGUCGGCAAAAUAAGACCAACAAGAAUUCAGCAUCAUCCUGUGACCAGGAGCAGCAGUCGGCCCUGGAGGAGGCCCGGCAGCCCAAAAAUGAUGACGUGGUCAUCCCCGAGUGCGCACAGGGUGGCCUCUACAAGCCUGUACAGUGCCACCCCUCCACCGGCUACUGCUGGUGUGUACUUGUGGACACGGGACGCCCUAUCCCAGGCACGUCCACCAGAUACGAGCAGCCCAAGUGUGACCACACAGCUCGGGCAAAUCCCACCAAGACCCGGGACGUGUACAGGGGCCGCCAACUCCCAGGCUGUCCUGGCGCCAAGAAAAGUGAAUUCCUGACCAGUGUCCUGGAUGCACUGUCCACAGACAUGGUCCACGCUGUGUCUGACCCUGCUGCUCCAGGCAGGCUGCCGGAGCCGGACCCCAGCCACUCACUGGAGGAGAGGGUGGUGCGCUGGUACUUCAGGGUGCUGGACAGGAACAGCAGCGGGGACGUGGGCAAGAAGGAGCUGAAGGCGCUGAAGCGCUUCCUGCGCAAGAAGGCCAAGCCCAGGAAGUGUGUGCGGAGGUUCGUGGAGUACUGCGACGCCGGAGGCGACCGAGGGCUCUCGCUGCCCGAGUUCAUGGGCUGCCUGGGCGUGGGCCGAGACGACAGCAGGGCCAGUGCCCGGAGGCCGCAGGCCUCCCGAGGCAGCAUGGACAGUCCUUCCCAGCGACAGCCCCGGAAGCACGGCUGAGCUCCGAGUAGCCCCGUGUGUGGGCACCGUCACGGAGAGCUCAAACCCAGCCCCCACGUACCGGUUCUGCACUCUGUGCUUCCCAUGCAAUCCCGCACAUAGGAGCAACCCCCCCCAAGCAGCUGCUGGGCUCUGGGAUGGGCUUCUCUGGCUCCAGCUCCAGCUCAUGCAGGGAAUAGGUCCUUGGACUCACUCUCUGGCCUCGCCGGAGGGUUGCGUGUUGGACGAAGCUGCAUUGGCCUGCACCCGGGACUUGGGCUGAGGCUCCAUGCGUUCUGGGGCUGCUGGCCACUCAGUGCUCCCCACCUGCAAAGGGACCUCGGUGCCUGUGUGUCCCUGUCCU